CCGCACUGUCCGAUCCGACACCCAGACCGUCUCUUCUCCAGACGUGGACCGAAGACGGACAACUUCUCGAACCCACGCAGAAGAAGAGAUAAAGGCGUCAUCGGGAUUUUUUGUUCAGUCCCCUUCGGAUUUUUAUCAGUAAGGGGAGGCGAUCAUCACUCAAAACCCUCGCAAAAGUGAAAGAGGUGGAGAGAGAGAGAGAGAGAGAGAGAGAGAGAGAGAGAGAGAGAGAGAGAGAGAGAUCGAUCUACUACAGGAUAUUUUGUAACUAUGGUUACUGGCAGCAGAUACCUAUCUUGAUUUCUGAAUGUGGCUCUGUUUCCACGCCAGCCAGUGAGAUCUGCUGCGCUUCGACUAAUCGAAGCUGAUGAACUUCGGACAAAACGUCCCGCGGCUCCAUGUGAUUUCAGCGCUUCUGGACGGCAGGAGUUUCCAUCUGUGAGUAAUCGGUUCCUGUGGCUUGCAGAUGGGUUCUGCGUCUGCACCUGCAAGCAUGGCCGUCAUAACCAACAGCACAUGUGACACUCUGUAUGACCAUAGGAAAUACGCCCGGGUCCUCAUACCUAUUUUCUACUGCGUGGUGUUCACUGUUGGGUUGCUUGGCAAUGCCCUCGCCCUCCAUGUUAUCCAAAUAAACCUGAAGAAAAUGAACUCCACCACAAUGUACUCUCUCAACCUAGUCAUCUCUGACAUCCUCUUCACUCUCUCUUUGCCUCUGAGGAUCAUAUACUAUGCCCAGGGUUUCCACUGGUCUCUCGGUGAGGCGCUCUGCAAGAUAUCAGGCUUUUUGUUCUACAUCAACACCUACGCAGGGGUCAAUUUCAUGACUUGCCUCAGUGUGGACCGUUUCAUCGCCGUGGUCUUGCCUCUUCGCUUUGGUAAAUUUAGGAAAGUCAGUAACGUCCGCUACAUCUGUAUUGGCGUGUGGAUGUUGGUUCUGGCGCAGACCCUCCCCCUACUAGGAAUGGACAUGACAAAUAGGGAGCCUCAAAACUUCACCACCUGUAUGGAAUACCCCAACUUUGAAAAGGUGGAUAAUAUUGCAACCAUCCUGAUUGGCGCAGUCUUUUUGGGCUUCAUCAUCCCCGUGGUCACCAUACUGGUCUGCUACUCCUUCUUAAGCUCCAAGCUGCAUCUCACAGCCAAGAAUAACCAUCUGACAGAAAAAUAUGGCCGCAGUCGCAAGGCCAUCGGCGUGAUCUGCUGCGUGUCUGUGGUGUUCAUUAUCUGCUACAGCCCCUACCACAUUGACAUCCUUCAGUACAUGAUCCGCAAGCUGGUCUCCAACCCUGACUGUGCGGAGCUCACGGCCUUUCAAGUCUCGCUGCACAUCACGGUCUGUCUGAUGAACUUAAACUCCUGCUUGGAUCCAUUCAUUUACUUCUUCGCCUGCAAGGGAUACAAAAGAAAACUCCUGAAGCUGCUAAAGAGGCAGGUCAGCAUUUCCUUUUCUAGUGCAGUCAGGACGUCGCCCGAAGGUUCCUCAAAGGACUUCAUCGACGGACACAAGGUGCAACACAACAGCGAGAGGCUCAUGGAAAGGAAAUCGCAUGAGCAUGACCAAAGUAGGGAACUCAGCACAUACAGAAUGUCUUUACACAUGGACAGUGCCUAAAAUGCCCCACUGAUGGUCAACAGGAGGCAUCCAAACCUAUGUGAGGCAUAUUCUUUUGUACAUUUUUCAAGAACAAUUACUGUGUGUUAAUUUAAUGUAAGAUAUUACUCAUUACUUAAACCAGCAUAAACAUUUUUGUAGACAGUAGACCUUAACCCCAACAGUGAUUAUUUGAAUAAUAAAAUGCAAUGUUAAUAAUAAACCACGCAGCAGGACAGGAAAAGAAAACUGUAUUUAGGUUACUUUGAAUGUGGCAUGGUUUCGGUGUGAGACCGGCUCCUCUGGGCAUGUUCAGAAACUACUGAACUAAUGGGAUUUUCACUCACAGGGCUCUCUCUGUUGCUCACAGAAAUUCAUCAAAAAAUAGAGAAAACAACCAGUGAGAGGCUGUUCUGUGGGUGGAAGUGGGGUGUUGAUGUCAGAGGAAAAUGGCAGACUGGUUUAAGAUAUCAGGAAAGCAACAGCAGCUCAGAUAACCGCUCACAAGUGGAAGUUUGCUCUGAAUGCCGACAUGCUAUGGAAAACCCCACCGGGUGGCACUGCCUGCAAAAAACAGGCAGGCGAAGCCACAAUUUAAAAAACAUUGAGAUGUUGGAUCCUCGGAGGUAGAUUUUUGUCAACACAAUCAUGACACCACAGUUCAACAAAUGUAUUUGUAUUAUGAUCAUUGCUUAAAUGUUACAGUGCACUCAGGUAUUGUUGCUGGCAAUGUCCAUUCCUCUAGGACCAACCAUGGUGCUCGAUCCAUGUCACAAAGCUCUCAUUGUCUCAAAGUUUCUUGAACUUUGAAACGAUUCUAAAAUGUGUUUGCAAACAGGACAGGACAGGACACCUUUGGGAUGUGGUGGGACAUUUGCAUAAUGGAUGCCAUCGUGCUAAUAUGCUGAUAUGGCCCAAAAUAUGUGAGACUUGUGCCACAAAGAAGAAAGGCAGUUUUGAAGGAAGAGGGUCCUAAAAUGAUGGCAAGGUUAUCUAAGACUUUCACUCAGAAAAUCUUUUUACUGGAUUUUGGGUCAGUUUACACCAAAACCCAAUAUUUUAACAUUUAAAAAAAACAAUUUAAUGCGUACUGCCUUGAAAAACAGUAGACAUUGAAACAUUUGUUUUCGCUCUUUGUAAAACUUGGAAACAGUCUUUAACUUGUAAAUAUAUCUCUCUUCUUUUUUUUUUUUUUGGAGAUUUUCAGCAAAGACUCUGCUAGCGUUCCUCCAUGUUCUAUUCCCACUUGAAAUACGACAUGAGAAGAAAUCGUUUGUUACUUUAACUGGUUCAGGAAAGUGACAUUUUAUUUACUUCCCAAUGAUUAUCUGGAUUUAUUUUUGUGUGUGUUCCCCAUGCUUCAUAAAGCAGAAGACAAAACCCAAAGGAGAACAAGGUCUUAUAAGUUUUGAAUAAUUAUUUAUUUAUUAUGCUGUUGUCUCUGCCUUGUAUAGCUUACUCUCAUAUCAAAGGGUGUACAUGGCAAUGCAUAAAAAUAUGGAGUAUUGGGGAAAAAAAACAUGUAAUUAUGAUUUUUGUGACUGAUGCGUUAAAACAGUGUUUUUCUUUCUGUUCCUGAUGGCCGUUAAACAACAGGUGCAUAGAGCUUAGUUCUUCAGGCAACUUUUGGACAGCUUUUACAUUUCAUUUGAACAAAA